AUGACUUUUUUCAAGAGGUCUACAAACACAGAUAAGGAAACUAAGCCACAGAGGUCUACACACACAGAACAGGAAACUAAGUCACAGAUAUCUACAAACACAGAUAAGGAAACUAAGCCACAGAGGUCUACAAAACACAGAGGAAAGGAAACUAAGUCAAACACAGAGGUCUACAAACACAGACACAAGGAAACUAAGCCACAGAGGUCUACAAACACAGAUAAGGAAACUAAGCCACAGAGGUCUACAAACACAGAUAAGGAAACUAAGCCACAGAGUCUACAAACACAGAAACUAAACAUAAGGAAACACAGAGGGUCUACAAACACAGAUAAGGAUAAGGAAACUAAGCCACAGAGGUCUACAAACACAGAUAAGGAA